GAUGGCAGACCCUGAACCCCAGAAGGUUAUCAAGUUGGUUCCUGAGAACCUCUUGAAGAAAAGAAAAGCAUAUCAAGCUAUCAAAGCCACACAGGCCAAGCUUGCACUACAAGAGAAACGGAAGGUACAAAAAGGCAAACCUUUGAAGUUUAAGCGUUUGGAGGAGUUCCUUAAGGAUAGCAGGCGGGCACAUCGUGACGAGGUCCGUCUUAAAAGACUGGCGCUCAGGCCUCAGCCUGCCCUUCCACCGGCCAAAAACUCCUUGGUCUUUGUCAUUCGUAUUAAAAUGAUCAAAGGUGUCAGCUCUAAGGUCAUGAGGGUCAUCCACAUGUUCAGACUACGCAAGAUCUUCAGCGGAACCUUUAUUCGCGUCAGUAAGACGUCCAUGAACAUGCUGAAGACCAUUGAGCCAUAUGUGGCUUGGGGGUUUCCCAACCUGAAGUCGGUCCGUGAGCUCAUCCUGAAGAGAGGCCAGGCCAAAAUUGGCAAGAAGAGGGUUCCCCUCACAGACAACACACUCAUCGAAGAGCAUCUGGGAAAACAUGGCAUCAUCUGUCUGGAGGACCUUAUCCAUGAGAUCUACUCUGUGGGAAAGAACUUCCGUGUGGCCAGUCACUUCCUGUUACCAUUCCGUCUGUCUGUGGCUCGUCACGCUUCACGGGACAGAGCCGGCCUGAUGAAAGAGAUCGGAGAACCGGGACCAAGAGCGGAGGACAUCAACAGAAUCAUCAGACAACUCAAUUAAACCACCACUCAAGGACUUAUCCAAACAACAGGACUUAUCCAAAUGGGACUUUUCACAAAAUUGCUCAUUGGCUGUGGUUGGCUCAGCAGAUAACUUAUUUUGUUGUUAUUUGUUUGUUUGUUCCCAUUGGCAGAAAAGGCUUGUCUUAAUGUGUAAAAAUUCUCAGUGAGAUUUUAUGAGUAGUAUGGAUAAGACAGACUUCUGUUCUGAGAGGAAGUGUUAGCAGCUCCUGUCAGUCACGGGUGUGUGAGUGUCCGUGGUUGUAUGGUCUGUCAGUCACGGGUAUGAGAGUGUCUGUGGUUGUAUGGCCCGCCAGUCACGGGUGUGUGAGUGUCUGUGGUUGUAUGGUCUGUCAGUCACGGGUGUGUGAGUGUCUGUGGUUGUAUGGUCUGUCAGUCACUGGUGUGUGAGUGUCUGUGGUUGUAUGGUCUGUCAGUCACGGGUGUGUUAGUAUCUGUGGUUGUAUGGUCUGUCAGUCACUGGUGUGUGAGUGUCUGUGGUUGUAUGGCCCGUCAGUCACUGGUGUGUGAGUGUCUGUGGUUGUAUGGUCUGUCAGUCACGGGUGUGUGAGUGUCUGUGGUUGUAUGGUCCGUCAGUCACGGGUGUGUGAGUGUCUGUGGUUGUAUGGUCCGUCAGUCACUCUAUGGCCCACUACUUGUCCCGGCAGAGCUCCAGCAUCAGAUGACAUCUCAAUUUUCUCAGCCUCCUUACUGCUGUCUGUACAGAACGCCUUCUGUGUGUGUGUGUGUGUGUGUGUGUGUGUGCACGCGCGUGUGCAUGCUGUUCAGGAAAGGGGAUUGCCACAUGGACAGCAUUUAAAAAAAAAAAAAAAAAACUUGGGUUAUUUGUUCCCCAGCCCUCUUUUUUGUGAGAGAGAGAGAGAGAAAUGUUUUGUUAUCACC